ACAUUAGCACUUGAUCACACUUAUCUAAUCGCUAUCGUUGCUAUCUUGGUGUGACACAGACGCCAAGAGGUACGCCUGCCAGUCCACGGCUCUAGUUGUACGUCGAUGGACUGUGUACCGAAAUCAAGUGUGUGAAGUGAACUUACUUUCUGAAGAUAGUGAUAGUGUAAUGCUACUUGGUGAUAGAAGUGAGAGAGCAAGAUGUUUGCAGCAACCCUCGCCAGCCACCUGGGGCCGCGGUUCCGAAUUGUCCUUCGAAAGCCCAUUAUAGAGAACAUUGCGUUCAAACUGCACUACAAGGCAACAUGCACUCUCUUCCUAGCUGCUGUGAUCCUGGUCUGCAUGAGGGAUUACUUCGGAGAUACCAUCAAAUGCAUGGCCGAUAAUGGCGUCCCUACCCCGAUUAUUGAGAAAUACUGCUUCUUCAUGGCUACUUUUACCAUCGUUCGGCAUUACAACGAGAGUCUCCUGCAAGGCGGGUUCCUGCCGCACCCUGGCGUGGGGCCCAUGAUGGAGUCUGACGAGACCCUGCACCACACCUACUACCAGUGGGUGCCGUUCGUGCUGUUCCUGCAGUCCAUCGCGUUCUACAUGCCGCAUUACAUCUGGAAGAAGAAGGAAGGUGGUAGAAUAAAAGCAUUAGUGGACGGCCUGCAGUACGCAAGCCUCGCGCUGAUCAAAGAAGACAUGAAGGUCGGCAACAUGGACCUGCCUUCUCAAGAAACGCUUAGCAAGCGUAUCGACAUCAUCCUUAAAGAUAUUAGAUUGAGGUUGCGUAUAACUCGCACAUGGUCAGUGUGGCUGGUGGCCAUGGAAGUGACCAACUUGCUGCACGUCAUCUUCGAGAUCUGGAUCAUCAACAAGUUCCUCAAUGGAAGCUUCAUCAGCUUGGGCCCCAGAGUGCUCAACUUGAGUGAAUGGGGAAAUAUUGCUGACCCACUCGAGACUGUGUUCCCGAAGGUGACAAAGUGCAUCUUCCACAAGUACGGUCCGAGCGGCUCCAUCCAGCAGCACGACGCGCUCUGCGUGAUGGCGCUGAACAUCAUCCACGAGAAGAUCUACGCCGUGCUCUGGUUCUGGCUGCUCUUCCUCUUCAUCGUCUCCGUUAUUGCUGUGAUCUGGCGCAUUGCGUCGUUCUUCCUGUACCGUCGCUCCCCCAAGUUCAACAUGAUGAUGUUCCAAAGAGCCACGGACGCCAAGUUUGACCCCAUGAACGUCAUCCACAUCGUCAACGGCUGCCAGUUCGCUGACUGGCUGUUCCUCUACUACCUCGCCAAGAACAUGCAAGGCGCAGUCUUCAAGGAACUCUUCACGCGCCUGGCUAACGAAUUGGCGAAGAAAGAAGUGGCUGGCCAUGAGGAUCCGAACGACAAGCAGGGAGCUCCUCCAGAACUCAUCAAUAUUGUCAACUACGACGACGAAACACUACCACUCAAGGCUGAUGUUGAGAAGAAGUCUUCAUAGUAGUUUACUGAUAGGAUAAUUUAAUAGGAAUUUUAAAAUUGAGAUUCGAAUGAAUGAAAGAGAAGGAAGGGUUUUAUGAUAUUCUUAAUGAAACAGUAAAAAAAUUACGAUUUUAUGAUAAUAUUCACAAAAUAAAUCGAUACAUUUUCACCGAAGUAGGUUUGUCAUGACAGUCAUUUUGUAAGAUGGUAUAUUACAGAAUUGAACAGUAACCCUUUAAGCGCCCAGUCACAUCAAUCUUACCCCUACCGCAACUAUGUUAUCUGUCGCAGCGAUACGACACUAGCGGUAGGCACAGGCGGUUAAAAGGGUAAAAAAAGAAAUUGUGAGAUUUUUCAUUUCAAAACGUAGUAUCAUAAUUAGGUAGGUUAGUUUUAUUUCGUGCAAUCAAUUAAGUAUAAAGCUGUAUUUUAUUUGCUCAAAACAAGCUUUAGAACAUUUUGUACUUACAUUAGCAAGGGCUAAUACUAGUUCACGAUUUACAGGAAUAAAUUAAGUCGGAAAAACUAUUGGAUUAAAAUAAGAAAAAAUGUUUAGUAUUACAAUGACUUAGGGUCCAAAAUAGAGUUUAGUGUUAGUGUCAACGAAUUUUCUAAAUUAUAAAAUACUUCGAUUUGUAAAUAUUAUAAUUGUUGUGUAAUUUUAAAAAAGUGCUAAAUGUGUCUAGUCCUUUAAAUGUUUGUUGUUUUUUUUUAAAGUCUAUGUGAAUAAAUCUGUGUUAUUUUUUAUGUA